AUGAAACUUCAUUAUAAUCAACCGAUACCAUAUUAUACAAUUUUAUCAAAUAAUCAAACUGAAAUAACACUUUCUAUUCGACAUUCUUGGAUUGAAAUUAUUGAAUCAUUAGAUAAUCUUAAUAAAGAUUCAAUUCUUUAUUUUAUUCUUCAAUCAUUACGAAAACCAAUUGAAACAAUAAAUUAUUCAUGGCCGAAUAAAACAAAAUUAAUUCUUUAUUAUACAAAAUUUUUUGGUGGGAAUUAUUGGUAUAAUAAAGAUGCAAAUAGUGUAUAUGCAAAUGAUUUGAAUUUCAAUCAUUGUCCAUUAGCAGUUAAUGCUUGUCGUAUUUCAAUUGAUCAUAAAUUUUUCAAUGAAAGUGAUGCAUCACUUAUACAUCUACGUGAAUCACUUAAUUUAAAAAAAUUAAAUAAUCUAUCACGUAAUCAAAAUCAAAGAUUUGUAUUUUUUUUAAAAGAAUCACCUGUACAUUCACCAAAUCUCGCGUCGAAAGACUAUACUUAUUUAUUUAAUUAUACCCAAACAUAUCGACCUGAUUCAGAUAUUACAGCAACGACGUUACAAGAUUUUUUUUGGUUAUUUAAUUAUAAAAUCUAUCCAAAUUAUGAUCUUCAAUCGAUUUUAGAAACAAAAAAACCUAAGAAACUUCUCGUUGCUAUUGUUUCGAAUUGUGGUGGAUCAAGUAAUCGAUUGAAAUAUAUUAAAGAAUUACAACAAUAUAUAUCCGUUGAUGUAUAUGGUUCCUGUGGACAACGAUGUCCGAAAGGUAUCGAUUGCCGGCAAUAUGCAUAUUCAACAUAUAAAUUUUAUUUAUCAUUUGAAAAUAGUUUAUGUGAUGAAUAUGUAACAGAAAAAUUCUUUUUUGCACUUCAUAGUGCACGAAUUAUACCUGUUGUACUUGGUUAUGCACGUUAUGAUCAUUAUAUGCCAUCAUCAGGAUAUAUUGAUGUACGAAAUUUUACAUCACCACGUGAACUUGCAACAUAUUUAGAUUAUCUUGAUAGAAAUACAACAGCUUAUUUGGAAUAUUUUCAAUGGAGACAAUAUGCACUUCAUAUAAAAUUACCAAAAUAUAUGUGUGAACUUUGUUUAAAAUUAUUUGUUGAUGAUAAAGAUCAUAAACAACAAUCAUUGGAACAUAUUAAUGAUUAUUGGAAUAGAAAACAAUGUCAUCGUUAUGAUAAAAAUCAAAAUGGAAUAUGGACUAUGAAAUAA